AUGGCAGCCCGCUCUCUCUUGCUUUUUCCUGCUCUGGCCUUGGCAUCGAUCACAAUUGAGGAUCCUUCCAAUGUCAUCAGUCCUGCAUCGUGGGCGGCAGAUAAUGCUAUCGUGCCUGAUUAUGACAUUGCAAUGGUUAGCUCGCAGCCUUCCGAUAUUCUGGCGACCCACAAGGUCGAGGGGAAGACCUCCAGCGCAAACCAUGUCACUUGGUCUGCUACCGCCAACGACACCAGUGUUCUUCUCGUUGCAAACGAUGCCAGCUUCACCGGCACUUACAUGGAGUUCGACAAAAGUGGAUAUUCGACCAAUCUGAAUGAUGCCAGUUUCUGGGGCUUCAAUGCUGCGAUCAAUGUGGCCAACGCUUCCACCGCCGUCUUUGACAAUAUCAACGUGACCGUUCACAAUGGUGCAGCCCAGAUCUACUCUUACGGAACCGACACCGUCGUUAACGUCAACAAUGCUUGGCUAUACUCCUCCGGCCCAGUCAGCCACGGCCUAUAUGCCUCAGGCAACGGCACCAUCAUCGGCCGCAACAUCGACGUCUACUCUGGAGGCAAGCGCUCCUCUAGUUUCUCGGGUGAUUCGCCGGGUGGGUACAUCUACGUCUACGACAGCGUAGCACACGCAGCCGGUAUCGGGUCCGCUACAUUUUACGCACUCGGCGAGAUCCACGCUACCAAUGUGGUCAGUCUGUCAGAGAACGGACCUGUCGUUUUCUCCGAUGGUGCUCAGACCACCGAGUUGGUCGACUGUGAUUGUACUGCCGGUCUGUUGGGUGGGGUUGCUAUGUUCAGCAGCUCUGUCAUUAACAGUGGAGCGGUGUUGAACCUCACCAAUACCAAGUUCACAACCACUGGUUCUGAGAUGCCAGGAUUAUGGUUUGGAAAUCUCAUUGCUGAGGCCUACUUGGACAAUUCUCAGCUUGUUACUAAGUCGGGCAUCCUGGUUGUAGCGAAUUACUCGCAGAUCACUCAGGACUUCGAUUACUAUGCUGGAUACGCUGAUAACAGCGCUUUAUCUCCUGCGCAGGUGACUAUCUCUGUCACCGAGUCUGAUAUGACUGGUGAUCUUGUUGCGUACAAUGGAAGCUCUAUUGAUUGGUCUCUGGCUAAACAUAGCUCUUGGACUGGUACCGCUUAUUCUGGAUAUGGAGAUGCCACCUUUGGUGUUAAUCUCGAUGCCACAAGUACCUGGACUAUGACGGCAAAUACUGUUGUACAGAAUUUCACCGAUUCUCUUACGAGCUUGAAGAAUAUUCACAGCCAGGGACACACUCUAUACUAUAAUGCUACUGUGAACACCUGGUUGAAGGGAAAGACUGUUAAGCUUCCUGGCGGUGGUUCGGCAAAGCCUAUCACUGCGGCCACUUCGGCCGCUGGGCAGUCUCGGACUCAGGUUCGCGGAGGUAGUCGGUCGGGCCAGAACUAA